CAUAUAACCAAACGGUCUUUUAAAUAUAAAUCCAAAAAAAAAACUCAAGAACUACUCUCCAAAAAUCACUGUAAAAUUAUUGGUUUUCAAAUCCAUGAAACAAGUAUGUGAUAAUCAAUAGAAGAAAUCUACAUCAAAAACCCAGAAAGAAAAAUGGAUUUUCAGCAUGGGUUUUCUUCAUUGAUUCAUCUCGUACUAGUUCUUCUUCUCAGUGUGGCGAUGACUGAAAAAAGAUUAGUAGUUGGAUUUGGAUCAAUGGGUCCAAUAUCAGCAGCUUUUGGUGAUAAUGGCUUCUUCUGUGCAAUUGAUGCAAGUGGUAAACAAGAAGUAUUCUGCUGGGAGAAGAAUAACAGCACCUUAGCAUCAUCAGUCUUGGGACAUUUUAAUGCAAUACCACCUGUUGCAGCAUUAACAGGAGGUGAAGGUUUCAUGUGUGGAUUAUUAGCAAACACUUCGACUCCAUAUUGUUGGAAUUCAGUUGAUUCAGGUACUAAUCUUGUUCCAUCAAUGUUUGUCAAUUCAGCUUAUUCUCAUAUUGCUGCUGGUAAAGAUCAUGUUUGUGCUGUUAGAGGAUCUUAUUUUUCAAAUAUUUAUUCCGGUAAUGUUGAUUGUUGGGAAAUUAAUAAUGAUUCCGAAAGACGAUCCGAUCUAGUAUCGUAUUUCGAUCCGUCUAUUAGUAAUUUGGUUUUUGAGAAAAUUGCAUCCGGGGAAGGUUACACUUGUGGUGGUAUUGAACAUGGUGGGAUUGUUUGUUGGGGACCUAAAUCAGGUUCCAUUGAAGUUUCCGAUGAGUCUGAUAACUACGUCAACUUAGCUUCCGGUAAAGAUUCUGUAUGCGGCAUUUCUGAACUUACUGGUGAAGUGAAAUGUUGGGGCGGGAAUAAUACUUUUGUUAAUCCUCCGAAUGGUACUAGAUUUGUUGAUUUGACGGCGGGUGCUCGUCAUUUCUGCGGGAUUCGGGAAGACAAUCAUGGGAUUGAUUGUUGGGGUACUCAUGAUUCAUCUGUUGUUCCAAAAGGUUCGGGAUUUCUGGCUAUCGCGUCGUCUGGUUUUAUUACUUGUGGCGUUAGAGAAGAUGAUUUGCUUCUUGAUUGUUGGGGUUCUGAGGAGCCGUUACCGGCUGGUUAUAGUCCGCCAUUGCAGUUAUCUAGUCCGGGGUUAUGCACUGCUGAUCCCUGUGGACAGGGGAAAUUUUCGUUCAAUGCUAGUAUUCUAAGUGUGCAGGAUUUGACGAGUUUAUGUGUUCGGAAGAAUUUGAAUAUUUGUGCUCCAUGUGGCUCAAAUUGCAGCAAAGGCUUCUUUGCAUCUAGUCCUUGUAGUGCGAAUGCUGAUAGAGUUUGCACGGCGUGUUCGCUCUGUCAAAAUAGUUCUUGUUGGGAUGAUUGUAAACUUACUUCGUCGUCUCACCGGGUGAAAAUGCACCAAGUGAAGAAACUUGGUAUCAUAAUUGGGUCUUCUGUGGCAGGUUUCAUAUUGGUCUUGCUUGGUUGGUGUCUUCUUCCGCGGUUAGUCACCGUUAGAAAUGAAGAGCAAAGAAAAAAGCAGUUUAAAUCAUGCUUGAGAAAGCCAGAAGUUGAAGCUGACACCAAUGAUGAACUACAGCCUACUCUUUCUGCAGCUCUGAGUGUUGGUGCAACCCAGAUUUUCCGUUUGUCAGAGCUAAAAGAUGCCACCAAUGGAUUCAAGGAAUUCAACGAAGUCGGUAGAGGAAGUUACGGGUUUGUUUAUAAAGCUGUUCUUCCUGAUGGACGGCAAGUUGCAGUAAAACGGGCUAAUGCUAAUACUAUCAUCCACACAAAUGGUCGGGAAUUCGAAGCUGAGCUAGAAAUUCUCUGCAACAUUCGGCAUUGCAACAUUGUCAACUUAAUAGGAUAUUGCGCAGAGAUGGGCGAGAGACUGCUUGUUUAUGAGUUCAUGUCCCAUGGAACUCUUCAUGAUCACCUUCACGGUGAGCUUUCUCCUUUGAACUGGAAUUUCAGAUUGCGAAUAGCAAUGCAGGUAGCUAAAGGGCUAGAGUACCUUCACAGAGAUUGUUUUCCUCCGAUUGUUCACCGAGACGUAAAGGCUUCAAAUAUUCUGUUGGAUUCAGAAUGGGUUGCAAGAAUUGCAGAUGUUGGACUACUAAAUCCGAACAACCGUGACCUCGACGGAGAUUUGGAAAGUGAUGUCUACAAUUUUGGCAUAGUUUUGUUGGAAAUACUAAGCGGAAGAAAAGUUAACGACAACGAUUAUACACCUCCGAACAUUGUUGAUUGGGCAUUACCCUUGAUCAGAAAGGGCAAAGCAGCGGCCAUCAUUGACCGAAACAUCGCUCUACCGAGAAACGUAGAACCUUUGCUUAAACUUGCAGACAUUGCAGAACUUGCAUUGAAAGAAGACCGCGGCGAACGGCCAGUAAUCUCUGAGAUAGUAAUGUGGUUGGAGCAAAUAGUGAAGAACGGUUUGACUUUGUAGUAGAGUCGGAAUACUAAUUUUGGGAGGAGCAAGAUAAUAAAACGGCAUACAAACUUCGACAGAUACCGAAAUUCAGCAAGUACAUUGAACUGUAAAUUUUCUUAUGAGCUACUUUGUAUAUUGCAUUAUUCUUUUUUUUCUCUUAAUCUUCACAAAAAGUGAAUGAGGUUUGCAAUUGUUACGGCUAGUCUUUUUGCAUUUUGUUCUUUUAGGAUUCCGAUUGUACUGCAUGAAAAAUCAAUGGAAUGAAAAACAAAAAGAGAGAUCA